AUGCGCCUCGCCACCUCGAACCCGAGCCCUUCACCCUCCAUCGCCUGGGUUCACCUCAGAUGGGUCCGCAAGAUGAAGAAGACACUGCUUCUGUGCUUCAUCCACGGCUUCAAGGCAAGUAUUCCUUCCUCGUUGCGAUACGGGGGUGAGGAGACCUUCGGCCACAAAUAUGCCUUCACCCAGCACCUGCGGGACCUCGUCGCCCAGCAGCUCCCCAAGCUCGACGUGCGGGUGCUGGUCUACCCCAAGUACGAGACCCGCGGCGACCUGGCCGACUGCGUCUCGCGGUUCCGCGACUGGCUCCAGGAGAAGGUCAUCGACAUCGAGGUCGGCAAGGGGACCCCCUCGCCCACCGUCGACCCCUCCGUGCGCGUCGUGCUGUGCGGCCACUCCAUGGGCGGCAUCGUCGCCGCCGAGACCCUCAUCGCCCUGACCAGCGAGCGCGUCAUCCCGCCCUCGACGGCCUCCGGCGGCUCCGGCGACGGGAACCACACCGCCGCGCCCGCCGAGGGCGACAGGUCCUUCGAGCUCAACGGCCUCAUGUUCCCCUACGUCCAGGCCGUGCUCAGCUUCGACACCCCGUACCUGGGCAUCAGCCCCGGCGUCGUCGCCCACGGCGCCGAGACCCACUACAGCACCGCCAGCGCCGCGCUCACGCAGCUGAGCACGCUGACGGGCCUGUGGGGCGCCAAGGGGGCCGCCGACGCGGGCAAGGGCGCACAGCAGGAGAAGAAGCCCGCCGCCGCGCUGCCGCCGGCAGCAGGAGGGAACAACGGCAGCAACAACAGCAACAAGGCAAACGAAUCCUCCUCGGCGUGGGGCAGCUGGGGCAAGAUGGCGCUGUACGCGGGGGCGGGCGCGGCGCUCGCCGGGUCCGCGGCGGCGGCGUACCUGAAGCGCGACCAGCUGACCGAGGGCUGGACGUGGGUGUCGUCGCACCUCGAGUUCGUGGGGUGCCUCGCGCGGGGCGAGGAGCUGCGGCGGCGCGUCGCGUACAUGGCGCGCGCGCAGAACGAGCUCGGGGUCGGGUUCGGCGUGCUGUACACGCGCCUGGGAAAGGGCGCCACCGCGCUGCAGCAGCAGGUCGCCGGGAUGGGCGGCACCAACAUGGUCGGCUCCGUGCUGGGCGGCCAGAGGACGUUCUGCAACCUGCCCAGCCGGCGCAACGGCCCGGAGAAGCUGGGCCACUGGGAGGAGGCUGUCAAUGACCAGGCGGGGGACGAGACCUCGGCGCACAUGGCCAUGUUCGAGCCCAAAGAGAACCCCGGGUACGACAGGCUCUCCAACACGGCGGCGCAACUCAUCGCGAAGUGGACCAGGAACGACUGGUACGAGAGCAGUACCGAGGGGGAGAUCACGCGGGACAAAGAAACAGCCCCAGAAGGCGACAUGGCCCUGGACAGUGACGAGGACGUUGGUAUGAAGGGAGAGGGCUUGGGGACUGCGCCACCGUCUUGA